GUUUCCCGGUUGAGGGACAGGAACCCCCCCCCCGUGAUAACAACACCCGAGCGAGGAGACGAGGAGGAGAGAAGGAGAGAAGGAGAGAGAAAGCAGAACGAAAACUUCGAGGCUCGCCUUCCUCAGUCCUCGUCCUCUCCGGAGCAACAUGGCGCUCUCGGCUCAGGACGCCUGAAGUUCCCCUCCAGAGCAACGAAGUCCCGCGCCAUGGCGUCCUCGGUGACCUUAGAGGAUGCCCUCUCCAACGUGGACCUGCUGGAGGAGCUGCCGCUGCCCGACCAGCAGCCCUGCAUCGAGCCGCUCCCCUGCUCCGUCAUGUUCCAGCCGAACUUCAACACCAACUUUGAGGACCGCAAUGCGUUCGUCACCGGCAUCGCCAGAUACAUCGAGCAGGCCACGGUCCACUCCAGCAUGAAUGUGAUGUUGGAGGAGGGGCAGGAAUACGCCAUCAUGCUGUACACCUGGAGGAGCUGCUCACGAGCAAUACCACAGGUGAAAUGCAACGAGCAGCCCAACCGAGUGGAGAUCUAUGAGAAGACGGUGGAGGUCCUGGAGCCAGAAGUCACCAAGCUGAUGAACUUCAUGUACUUCCAGCGAAAGGCGAUCGACCGUUUCUGCGGCGAGGUGCGGCGUCUCUGCCACACGGAGCGCAGGAAGGACUUUGUGUCCGAGGCGUACCUGCUGACCCUCGGGAAGUUCAUCAACAUGUUCGCCGUGCUGGACGAGCUGAAGAACAUGAAGUGCAGACGCACUGCGGCCACCAUGGGCAGUCACUGUGCUUCCUCUCUCAGAGCGGCUCAGUUCCUCAGGAAGAUGUCUGAGCCUUCGUCUAUCCAGGAGUCUCAGAACUUGUCCAUGUUCCUGGCCAACCAUAACAAGAUCACCCAGUCUCUGCAGCAGCAGCUGGAGGUGAUCAACGGCUACGAGGAGCUCCUGGCCGACAUCGUCAACCUGUGUGUGGAGUACUACGAGAACAAGAUGUACCUCACGCCCGACGAGAAGCACAUGCUGCUCAAGGUGAUGGGGUUCGGCUUGUACCUCAUGGACGGAAACAGCAGUAACGUCUACAAGCUGGACGCCAAGAAGAGGGUCAACUUGACCAAGAUAGACAAGUUCUUCAAGCAGCUGCAGGUGGUUCCUCUGUUCGGGGACAUGCAGAUCGAGUUGUCUCGCUACAUCAAGACCAGCGCUCACUUUGAGGAGAACAAGUCCAGGUGGACCUGCACGUCCAUCUCCAGCAGUCCUCAGUACAACAUCUGUGAGCAGAUGCUUCAGAUCCGUGACGACCACAUGCGCUUCAUCUCUGAGCUCGCUCGCUACAGCAACAGUGAGGUGGUGACGGGCUCGGGCCGCCAGGAGGCCCAGAAGACGGACUCUGAGUACAGGAAGCUGUUCGACUUGUCGCUGCAGGGCAUCCAGCUGCUGUCCCAGUGGAGCGCUCACGUCAUGGAAGUGUACUCCUGGAAGCUGGUCCAUCCCACAGACAAGUACUCCAACAAGGAGUGCCCCGACAACGCUGAGGAGUACGAGCGCGCCACCCGAUACAACUACACCUGCGAGGAGAAGUUCGCCCUGGUGGAGGUGAUGGCGAUGAUCAAGGGGCUGCAGGUGCUCAUGGGCCGCAUGGAGAGCGUGUUCAACCACGCCGUGCGCCACACCAUCUACUCGGCGCUGCAGGACUUCGCUCAGGUGACGCUGCGCGACUCUCUGAGGCACGCCAUCAAGAAGAAGAAGAACGUGAUCCAGAGCGUCCUGCAGGCCAUCAGGAAGACGGUGUGUGACUGGGAGUCGGGCCACGAGCCGCACAACGACCCGGCGCUGCGCGGAGAGAAAGAUCCAAAAGGAGGCUUCGACAUCACGGUCCCUCGCCGGGCCGUCGGACCCUCCAGCACUCAGCUGUACAUGGUGCGGACCAUGCUGGAGUCCCUCAUAGCCGAUAAGAGCGGCUCGAAGAAGACUCUGCGUAGCGGCCUGGACGGCCCGACCAUCCUGGACAUCGAGCGCUUCCACCGGGAGUCCUUCUUCUACACGCACCUGCUGAACUUCAGCGAGACCAUGCAGCAGUGCUGCGACCUGUCCCAGCUCUGGUUCCGGGAGUUCUUCCUGGAGCUCACGAUGGGCCGGAGGAUCCAGUUCCCCAUCGAGAUGUCCAUGCCCUGGAUCCUCACGGACCACAUCCUGGAGACCAAGGAGGCCUCCAUGAUGGAGUACGUGCUCUACCCUCUGGACCUCUACAACGACAGCGCUCACUACGCACUCACCAAGUUCAAGAAGCAGUUCCUGUACGACGAAAUCGAGGCCGAGGUGAACUUGUGCUUCGACCAGUUCGUCUACAAGCUGGCGGAUCAGAUCUUCGCCUACUACAAGAUCCUGGCAGGAAGCCUCCUGCUGGACAAGCGCCUGAGAGCCGACUGCAAGAGCCAGGGCGCCAACAUCCCGUGGCCCGUGUGUUACGCCCAGCUGAAGCAACUCCACGUCAGGUGGUCUCCUAGAAUGUGUGUGUGUGUGUGUGUGUUUGUUAACGUGUUCCUGUGGGGCCCUCAGGAGCUGGAGGGUCUCCUGGACAUCAACCGUAUGACCCACAAGCUGCUCAGCAGGUUCCUGACCCUGGACAGUUUGGACGCCAUGUUCCGUGAGGCCAACCACAACGUGUCCGCCCCCUACGGCCGCAUCACGCUGCACGUCUUCUGGGAGCUCAACUACGACUUCCUGCCCAACUACUGCUACAACGGCUCCACCAACAGGUUUGUGCGCACCGUGCUGCCGUUCUCUCAGGAGUUCCAGAGGGACAAGCCGCCCAACGCCCAGCCCCAGUACCUGUACGGGUCAAAGACCUUGAACCUGGCGUACAGCAGCAUAUUCAGCACCUACAGGAACUUCGUGGGUCCGCCUCACAUCAAGGUCAUGUGUCGUCUCCUUGGUUACCAGGGCAUCGCCGUGGUGAUGGAGGAGCUGCUGAAGGUGGUCAAGAGCCUGCUCCAGGGAACCAUCAUGCAGUACGUGAAGACCCUGAUGGAGGUGAUGCCCAAGAUCUGCAGGCUGCCUCGCCACGAGUACGGAUCCCCAGGCAUCCUGGAGUUCUUCCACCACCAGCUGAAGGACAUCGUGGAGUACGCGGAGCUGAAGACGGUUUGCUUCCAGAACCUCCGAGAGGUCGGCAACGCCAUAUUGUUCUGUCUGCUGAGUGAGCAGAGCCUGUCCCAGGAGGAAGUGUGUGAUCUGCUCCAUGCGGCUCCAUUCCAGAACAUCCUGCCAAGGGUCCACGUGAAAGAGGGGGAACGACUGGACGCCAAGAUGAAGCGCCUGGAGUCCAAAUACACGGCCCUGCACCUGGUGCCCCUGAUAGAGCGACUGGGCACUCCACAGCAAAUCGCCAUCGCUCGUGAGGGCGACCUCCUGACCAAAGAGCGGCUGUGCUGCGGCCUCUCCAUGUUCGAGGUCAUCCUCACGCGUGUGCGCGGCUUCCUCGACGACCCCAUCUGGCGCGGCCCGUUGCCUAGCAACGGCGUGAUGCACGUGGACGAGUGCGUGGAGUUCCACCGCCUGUGGAGCGCCAUGCAGUUCGUGUACUGCAUCCCGGUGGGAGCUCACGAGUUAUCUCACAGAGAACAACAUGUGUUAUUUUAUCUCCUUCAGCCUCUGAAGAAAAUGGUCGACAGAAUCCGUAAAUUCCAAAUCAUCAACAACGAGGUGUUCUCCAUCCUGAACAAGUACCUGAAGUCGGGCGAUGGCGAGAACCUCCCGGUGGAACACGUGCGCUGCUUCCAGCCGCCGAUCCACCAGUCGCUCGCCAGCAGCUGAGGCCGCUACCCACAAUGCCUCUGGGUGUCCAGCCGGGCCACAUUCCUGUUGUGUAUUCACUCGUGCCUUAUCAGAAAUGAAUAUCGAUGUUUUAUACGUAGGGGGUGAGAUUAGUUUUAUGUAUUUAAGGGUCUGCCGAGGUGUUUCUGUAUCGCAUGCUCAACGUUUUAAAGUAACAACGCUCAUCAGCAUUUAUUCACUGUGCCUUGUUUUAAUCAUUUUAAUUCAAUAAAUAAGUAACAAAUC